GAGAAAGAGGAGAGUGAGAGAGACAGGAGCGAGAGAGAGAACAGACAGAGAGAGAAGAGUAGAGAGAGGAGAGAAGAGAGAGAAGACAGCAGACACAGAAGACAGCAGAGAGAAAAGACAGAGAAGAGAGAAAAGACAGAAAAGAGAGAAAAGACAGAGAAGAGAGACAGAGAGAAGAGA